UGGCCCUCUCCCAGUCUCAGCUGUCAGUCAAGCCCAGGCCUUCAGACCCAGAGGACAGUUUUUCUUCGGUCCAGACUCAGACCCAGCGCUGAGUAGAGGACAGACCUCAGUUGCCAUGGCGUCUGCCAGUGAGAACGGAGCACACAGUGAUCAGACGGUUCCUGACGGAGACGAGGAGAAGAAGAUCCUUCAGGAAGUGCAGUCGCGCUACCUGCGCUGCCCGUCACCGAGUUUCUCCAUGCUUUCUGAAUCCCGGUUUUCCACCCUUUCCGGCUCCGACUCCUCCAGUAUCUUCAUGGAACCGAUCCACCUGUCAUCUGCCAUCACUGCCAAGAAAAUCAUCAGUGAGGAGCUGCCUCCUCGGAGCGUUCGCACCGAGUCUGUCCCUGAGUCAAUGCUGGAGACGCCAGAGCAGCUGAUGGUGGAGGACCUGUACCACCGGGUCAGGGAUAUGAUUGACGACCGCAGCCCCUACAAUACACCCUGUGUGCUGGACAUCCAGAGGGCCAUGGUUCAGGAGCGCCCGGAGGCCCCAGCCAACCCUGUGGAUGAGGUGUGGCCCAACAUCUACAUCUGUGAAAAAUCCGUGGCCGUCAACAAGGCACGUCUGAAGCGAAUGGGUGUCACCCACAUCCUGAACGCCGCCCAUGGGACGGGGGUGUACACGGGGGAGGCCUUUUACACCGGCAUGAACAUCCGAUACAUGGGCGUGGAGGUGGACGACUUCACUGACGCAGACAUCAGAGUCCACCUCCGACCCACCGCCGAGUUUCUGGAUGAGGCCCUGCUGACACACAAAGGGAAGGUUCUUGUGGUCUCCAUGAUGGGCGUCAGUCGCUCUGCUGUGCUGGUGGCAUCAUACCUCAUGAUCUUCCAGAAUAUGACCAUCAUGGAGGCCCUGACCACCAUAAGGAAAAAACGGGCCAUCAACCCCAACGAGGGCUUCCUGAAACAGCUGCGAGAACUCAACGAGAACCUGAUGGAGGAGCGUGACGAUGACGACGACACACUCAGCCAGUGCUCCGUUAUCGAUGCACGGGCACGCGCUCGAAUCUUUGGUGAUAGUGUGGACGACGACGACGAGGACACCGAUAAAGAGGAGGAGCGGAGCAUGGUGGAGGUGAAAGCUCACUCAAUCAUGAUGGAGGAGGAGGAGGACGGAGGCAGUGUGAUAAGCAGCGUCGCCUCUUCGGCAGCUGCCGCCGCCCUCAAAAGUGGACUGAUUGGAGUUCAGAACGGGUCUGACAACCAUGAGGAGCCGGUGUUACCGGAGCAGGAGUACAGGGAAGAUGAUGAUGAUGGUUUGGACAUCAUGAUCCGCGAGUGGCAGCAGAGAAAUGAAAAAUACCAAAGUAGUGAGUGGUGGGAGGCACAGCUGAACAGUGACGGAGAAGAUACUGAGUCGGUGUCUUCCCGCCAUAAAAAGACGUGUGAAGGCGAAGACGCCGACCUGGAGAGUGUCACCAGUGAGGACGUUCGAGCUGUAAGGGAACAGGUGAGGCAACGUAACAGACGUCCGCCUUCCGAAGCCAUGUCCACCUCCACCUGCACCAGCUACUCCGACCUCUGGAAACAGCGCCUGAGGGAAAUUGAGGAGCAAGCCGCCGCUCGCUACUGCAAGAAAGAAGAGGACGAAGGCAGCGAGAGCACCAAUACAGAAGGAGGAAAGAUGAAGAUUGAUGAUGAAAUGGACAGUAUCCUGUCUGACACCAGCUCCAUGUAUAACUUCUGCCAGAAGAACAAGGAGAAGAUGACGCCUCUGGACCGAUGGCGUGUCAAAAGAAUUCAGUUUGGCUGGAACAAGAAGGACCGAGAGGAUGGGGAGAAAAUUUCGGUAGGAGAUGGUGAUGGCAAGGAAGAAGUGAAAACACUGAACUUCCAAGACGUCAACUUGACAGCGUAUCAGGCGUGGAAGCUGAGGCAGCAGAAACGUCUCGGCGAGGAGAACACUGAUGAGAUUUUAGAGAUGAGUCGCGGUGAGGAUUCUGCCACAGUGAAAAGGAGGCAGAAGCGUGAGGAGAUUCUGGAGAGAUCCAAGAAAACUUUGGAAGAGAGUCAGUCCAUGUGUGGCUGGGAGACUGAGAGCUGCAUCAGUGGAGGUACCAUACCUCUGUCAGCCUUCUGGGCCGGAGCCGGGGUCACUGGUCCAUCAAGUGUUAACAAUGAGGACAAUAUGUCCGUGCUGAGUGGCAGGUCAUCAGUCAUAUCAUCUGUUUCUCAGCCACGCAGUAUGAGAUGGGUACAACCUGCAGGUACUCCUGUUCCUCCGGUCCCUCCAAUCCUACCAGUUCCAACUGUCCAGGGCCCAGGGGGUGAACCCAUGGUCAACCUGGCCGGCAUUCAGAACUGGAUCGCAAAUGUCGUCUCUGAAACCAUUAAACAGAAGCAGAGUGAGAUGAGCCUCCCUCCUCCAUCUCGCGCUGGGUCAGAGUUCAGUUUUGGUGGAGCAGGUGGCGUUCGGGGUGUGGACGACGAUAAAGCAUCGAUGUUGAGCGGUGCUUCUUACUCCAGCGCUCUGUCACAGGGUCGCGGCAGGGCGGCAUCAGUCCUCUCAGGUGGCAGCUACAGUGGCGUCUCUGGCCUUAGUGGAAGAGGCUCCAGACUGGCCUCCGCCAUUGGAUGCACAGUGGAGUCCACGCCAGGCUCCAAGAAAAACAAGAUCACCUCCACCAGCGUUCCGCUCUUCAGCCUCUUUCAGGACGAGGUCAACCUGAACCAACUUGACGCCAUAGACAAGGAGAUCAAGGCCGACAUGAGGAGCAAGAUGGCCACCUAC